CCGGCCCGCGGCCGUUGGAUUUAAACUCUCGGCGGGAGGCGACGCUCUGGAUACCGAACCGACACCGAUACCAGCACCAGUACUGGAAGCACCAUCCCCAUGGCUCCCGCACGGAAAAAGGCUGCCUCGAGUGCACGCAGCAGGAAGCUCGCGGCGUUCCUGAAGGAUUUUGACCGCGAAGUGAAGAGGCGGAUCGAGCAGCUGCGGAGUGACGGGGAGCGCUUGGUCAAGGAGCUGGAGAACCUGUACGACAUGGAGCUCCUGCGGCUGCCCGUGGCAGUCCGAGAGGUCAACUGGCUGGACUACUUCGUGAGAGGAGGAAACAAAACGGUUCUGGAAGAGGCUGCAACGGCAGACUUGGAAAUAACAGAAAUAAAAAAGUUAGCAGCAGAAGCUAUCCAGACUCCUUUAAAAGUCCUCAAGAAAGUGGAAAAAUCUAAACAGAUCGAUGAAGUCAUUGAAGAAGAGGCAGAUCCUCCUCUGCUUCCACGAGCAAAGAAAGCAAAGCAUGAAAGUCAGUGUUCUCCAGAGCUAGAGGCUGAAAACACCCAAACAAGAACUGGGAAGGUGAAGGCAUCCACUAAAAAAGUGCCUGUGUCCAGGAGCAGGCGGCUGCCGUCAGCAAGAGUGAAGCGCAUGAGCACGAGAUCAAGCAAAACCAACUUCAUCACUCCAGCUAAUGGCAGAGCUGUUGAUCUCUGUGCUCGGGGAGGCACCUCCAUGGUCACACCCAGGUUUGAUUCCAGAAUUUUCAAGACCCCAGGUCUGCGCACCCCCGCGGUGAACGAGCGUGUUUACACCAUCUCUGCCAAUGGCAGCCCCCUGGCUGACAGCAAGGACAUCUUCAUCACUGUCCCUGUUGGAGGAGGGGAGAGCAUUCGUUUAGCAGCAAGUGAUUUGACCAGGAAGAAUCUUCUUCAUCUGAAUGCAGAAGCCCGAGGAGUUAUGAAGCAGCUAUCAGUUCGUCUUGCACAAGCUUGCAGUGGUGCAAAAACCCAGAAAUGAAACCUGGUGCUUAGAAGACACCUCAGACAUUCCUACAUCUCAGGACAGGACCUGAGAUACCCAAAAGCAAGUUACUGAUGCCUGGGACUAAAUGGAAACCUCCCUCUGCAGUUCAGGAUGCUGCCAUCAGUAGCAAUCCCUCUGUUUUUAUGGUAGCCAUGACAUUUGUAACAGUCCUUGAGAGUUUUAUAGUCAGCUCGUGCAUUUUACUGGUUUGAAAGAAAUAAAAGAUGACAAAUCCUUU